AUGACUGACUCUAAAGAGGCUGAUCCACUGCAACUCUUAAAACGUUAUACUGCUAAGAAUUUGGCUCCCCAACUUGUUGAUGAAAACUAUAACGUUGUUUAUAAACUUCAGGAUGCUAAAUACAUACAAUUUGGUUCGUUACGAUUUGAUAAAAGCAUGAAUAUACCCGUUCAAGGUCUUUCGCAACAGAGACUUCCGUUAUCUGUUCUUUAUCACGCUAUCACAACAAGGGAUCUGGAUUUUGCUAAAUACAAUGAAGACGCGACAAAUGAAAAAUUUCCUGAGCGUUUAAGUUGCACUGAAAGGAAACAAUGGUUAAGCUUUAUCUGUCGUACUUCUAAUGAUUCGGAUAAGAACUUAUUUGGAAAAACUUCUGAAAAACGUAAGCACGAUAAUUCGGUAGAUAAUGACCAUCAAAAUGCUUUGGAAAUUAAGAAAGCACGUUUCAAUGAGGAUAAAGUUUGGGUGGAAAAUUACCUGAAAAAGCAUCAAGCUGCCCCUGACCGAUCUUGGGAGGAAUCAUUGGAAAGUAAAAACAAAGAUGAGGAUUACUCAGAUUUUAUUCAUUAUGCGGAUCUCUUCUUUAAUGUAAAAAACCGUGAUCUGUCUGCUCAACAAAAACCCGGUCGUUCUCGUACGUCAGAUCUUUAUGUGCAAUUGCAUUAUCGUUUAGGUCCGGAGACACCUAAAAAUCCAUUAAUUUUGGUACCGCCAUCUCCUUCUGCAUUCAUUACUAUGCAUAAUGUUAAACAAUUAUUACAAGAUACGAGAUUUGAAGAUCAAACAAAUUUUAUUAAUCAAAGAAAGGAGAACCGCAUUCAAAUUUAUCGAAAUGAAAGAACAUAUGAUUUCACAGAUUCAGUUGAUGAGUUACAGCAAUCAGAUUGGAAUCGAGUGGUUUGCAUUAUUACCGAUGGAAGCGAAUGGGUGUUUAAAAAAUACUUGUGGAAAACUCCUCAAGAAACAUUUAAACAUGGUAAACUUUCAUAA